CGGGAGGCGGAGCCUCGCGGUGACCACGCCCGCAGGCGGAGCGUCUUGCCCCGGGCCUAGCCCCGCCCCCGGGCUCGGCUCGCUCCCCGCCGCCGCCGCGGUCUCUCACCCCGUCCCUUUGCUCUCGGCUCCGUCUGCGCGCGUCCCCGCGCCCGGGCUGCAGGGUUCUGGAGCGCGCCGCGGCGGCGCGCGCCUGGGGGGAGGGGGAAGAGGAGGCGGCGUUGGGGGGGCCGCCGCCGCCGCCGCCGCCGCCGCCGCCGCCGGGGCAGGAAGAUGGUGGCGAGCGCGCGGGUGCAGAAGCUGGUGCGGCGCUACAAGCUGGCGAUCGCCACGGCGUUGGCCAUCCUGCUGCUGCAGGGCCUGGUGGUGUGGAGCUUCAGCGGCCUGGAGGAGGAGGAGCCCGGGGAGAAAGGGAGACAGAGGAAGCCACGGCCACCAGACCCAGGCGAGGGCUCUAAAGACAGAGAUAGUUCUGCCGGUCGACGGGGAAAUGCUGGCCGGAGACACGGGCGCUGGAAGGGCCGAGCGGAUAGCCCAGGGGUGUUGGUGGCCAAGGUGGUGAGAGCCGUGACGGGCAAGCACAGAUUUAGCCGCCGGGUUCCCCCCAUCCCACCCCGAGAGCCCCUCAGCCGCCAGAACCUGAGUACUGGGGGUGGAGGAGAGGUGCUACCUGGGGCAGGUGUUGCAGGCGCCUUCCAGCAAGGCGACACGGGCAGCGUGGAGGGUGCUCCCCAGCCCACAGAGAAUGGCUUCACCCCCAAGUGUGAGAUCACGGGCAAGGACGCCUUGUCUGCCUUGGCCCGGGCCAGCACCAAGCAAUGUCAGCAGGAGAUCGCCAACGUGGUGUGUCUGCACCAAGCAGGGAGUCUCAUGCCCAAGGUUGUGCCCCGACACUGCCAGCUGUCUGGAAAGGUGAGCCCCAUGAUUCAGUGGGACGAGAGCAGAGUGCAGCUGCCCCCAGGCCGGCCCUCGGUGCGAAUUGCCUACAUGCUAGUGGUUCACGGCCGUGCCAUCCGGCAGCUCAAGAGGCUUCUCAAGGCUGUGUACCACGAGCGGCACUUCUUCUACAUCCAUGUGGACAAGCGCUCCAACUAUCUGCACCGAGAGGUGGUGGCUCUGGCCCAGCACUACGCCAAUGUGCGGGUGACCCCCUGGCGCAUGGGCACCAUCUGGGGGGGUGCGAGUCUCCUGAAGAUGUAUCUGCGUAGCAUGCAGGACUUGCUGGAGGCACCUGGCUGGACCUGGGACUUCUUCAUUAACCUUAGUGCCACCGACUACCCUACCAGGACCAAUGAUGAGCUGGUGACAUUCCUGUCCAAAUACCACGAUAAGAAUUUCCUUAAGUCUCAUGGCCGGGACAACUCAAGGUUUAUCAAGAAACAGGGCCUGGACCGGCUCUUUCACGAGUGUGACUCCCACAUGUGGCGCCUGGGAGAACGACAGAUCCCAGAGGGCAUCGUCGUGGAUGGUGGCUCGGACUGGUUUGCCCUGACUCGCAGCUUUGUGGAGUACGUGGUCUAUACAGACGACCCUCUCGUGGCUCAGUUACGUCAGUUCUAUACCUACACACUCUUACCAGCUGAGUCCUUCUUCCACACUGUGUUGGAGAAUAGCCCUACCUGCAACACCCUGGUGGACAACAACCUGCGAGUCACCAACUGGAACCGUAAGCUGGGCUGCAAAUGUCAGUACAAGCACAUCGUGGACUGGUGUGGCUGCUCCCCCAAUGACUUCAAGCCUCAGGACUUCCUUCGGCUACAGCAACUCUCCAGACCUACCUUCUUUGCUCGAAAAUUUGAAUCAACUGUGAAUCAGGAAGUGCUGGAAAUCUUGGACUCUCACCUUUAUGGUAGUUACCCUCCCAACACGCCAGCGCUCAAAGCGUACUGGGAAAAUGCCCACGACAUUGCCGAUGGCCUGGGCGGGCUCAGCGACGUCAUCCUCACUGCCUACACAGCUUUUUCCCGCCUCGGCCUACGGCAUGCUGCUGCCAUGGCAUCCCCUCCAACUAAUCAGCUCUGCAGGUUUGAGCCUAAAGGCUUCCCAUCCAGUGUCCACCUGUAUUUCUAUGAUGACCGUUUCCAGGGCUACUUGUUGACCCAGACAGUGCAGCCUGUGGCCUCUGGGCCCGAAGAGGCGCUGGAGAUGUGGCUGAUGCCUCGGGGGGCCCUGAAGCUGACAGAACACAAUGGUCAGGCCAACCGGCUGCAGAACCUGGAGGUAGGCACAGAGUGGGACCCCAAGGAGCGUCUCUUCCGGAACUUUGGGGGAUUGUUGGGGCCUCUGGAUGAGCCAGUAGCCAUGCAGCGUUGGGCCCGUGGCCCCAAUCUAACAGCCACUGUUGUUUGGAUUGAUCCCACCUUUGUGGUGGCCACCUCAUAUGACAUCACAGUCGACUCUGAAGCUGAGGUCACUCAGUAUAAGCCUCCCCUGAGCCGGCCCCUGCGACCUGGUGCCUGGACCGUCCGCCUGCUGCAGUUCUGGGAACCCCUGGGAGAAACUCGCUUCCUGGUGUUGCCCCUGACCUUCAACCGCAAACUACCUCUCAGGAAAGAUGAUGGGAGCUGGCUACACGCUGGGCCCCCUCACAAUGAGUACAUGGAGCAGAGUUUCCAGGGCCUGAGUGGAAUCUUGAACCUUCCCCGGCCAGAGCAGGCAGAAGAAGCUUCUCGGAGGCACUCUGAAUUGACGGGCCCUGCCCUGGAGGACUGGACAGAUAGCACCUUGGGCAGCUUCUGGUCAGUGGCAGGGCUGUGUGCCACAGGCCCCUCAGUCUGUCCCAACCUGGAGCCCUGCAGCCAGACCAGCUGGAGUUCCCUCUCUCCCGACCCCAAGUCAGAGCUUGGUCCCGUCAAAGCUGACGGCCGGCUGAGGUAGCGGGACCACAGUGGGAGCCCGGGGAAAACCCCGGGGCGUUGCACCUUAGGAACUCCAUGGAGGAAGAGGUGAUCAAGGGACCAUCCUCUCCCAUGGGUGAGAAGUUGGGGUCUAUCCUCAUUGUCCCAUUCCCCCCUCCAUUCGUUGGCUGGAGUGAGCAGCAAGUGGACCCUGAUGGGCUACUUAUCAGACAGUUCCAAACUGGGGACCAGAGAAGAGCAGAGAAAACUAGGGUUCCUUCAGUUACCGAGCCAGUGCUGCUCCUGUGCCCUCUUCAGUUUGUCUAAGUUCUACUUGUUUUUUUAAAGAUGGUUUUGUGGAGAGGGCCUAAAGACAGGAAAAAGAGAGAGGAGUGAAGUGCAAUAAAGUCUCAGGCAGCCCCAGGGAGAUAUGGUGCCCCUAGGAUCUGCAGAACAGGGAACCAACCGGGCACUUCAAGGAGGUUUCUGAGAUAGCCUGGGUCCCCUCCCUUUUGCCCCAAAAGCCCAGGUCAGUAGAGCUGAGGGCAAAGGAUGCUGCUGGUCUUGUCCAAAAGAAACAAACCCAAUCAACAAACAACCCAUCUCUAAAGAGUUCCUAGAUAACUGGGUAAUCUGUGGAACCAGGCACCAGACAGGCCAGGAGGCCAGAGAGGAGAUACAGGAAAGGGAAAUGUUCAGGGCUCCUGGGUCUGAUGGUCUGCUGUCUCCUUUAUGUGAAAUGGGUGCUGUCCUGAAACACCCAUGGUGCUGACAGAUUAGGCUCUGCAAAGCAGGAAGCUCGAGGGGUCCUGGACACAGGUGGUUCCUGUGACAACAGGAGUGAACUAGAGAGAGCAAAGCAAGAACUGCCCUCUCAGGUCGUUCCUGAGAGGGAACCAGAGCAGUGGUGAGCCUGGAGCGCUGUGUAAAACCUGAAAUAUGCAACAGCAGAAAUAUAUCUCUUACAUCUCUAAUAGAGUCCCUAGUGUGCUUCCUGGAGGAGGGGCUCCUGCUGAGGGGAGUGGGCACUGGAGCCUUAUGGUGCACUCCAACAGGACUCCAGCUGGCCCCUCCCUAUCUUUUAUCCCUCCCCCCAUCUUGAUUGCCACAACCUUGACUCCUCCCAUAAGCCAUUCCGAGCCAGCUCUUUUCUCUCCUUCCCUCUACCAGAUUACCUAAGGAACUCCAGGGCGCCAUGGAGAUGUUAGGGGCAUCAUAUCUGGGUCCACUGGACUUCAGGGAUAGGACACUUUGCCCCCUGGACUUUUCUUAGGGAUGGCCCCCAAAUUUCUGAGCCCCUUGAAACUCUCUAGAAGGCUUAGCUGUUUUGGCACUAGGCAGAAUCCUGGGCAGUUUUGAUGGUCAUUUUCAUCCCAGGUGACCCUUCUGUCCUUUAAUGUCAUUUAUACCAUAGUGUAAUUGUUAGUGGUUUACCUUCCUGUGGGCUAUUUGCAUUUUAUGCCUUAUCCCUAAUUGGGGGAUGAAAAGAAUAACUAGUAUUUAUGUAGUGCUUUAAGUUUUACAAAUAUUUUACAGAUUUUAUCCCAUUUGAUACAACAUUCCCAGGAGUAGGUGCUAUUAUAAUCUUCAUUCUACAGUGGAGGAAACAGUCUGAUAUGAGGUUAAGUAACUGGCCUAUAGUCCCACAGUAAGUGGCCACUGAGUGCACUUACCACUGUUUUCUAUAUCACUGAACAGCUAGGGUUUAACUGGGGAUCAGAAGUGCCAUCUACAGAUCACCAGUAACCCUUCUUUUUACACAUCAAGGUAGGAAGGAAGCUAAAGGAAUUUAAAAGAAACAAGUUUGGGGUGGGGGAGGGCUUGAGAGGAUGGAGAAGAGAGCUUGGGUACAUAGUACUAGAAGAGGCCAUUUUAAUGAGUUUACAGAUAGGGAAGAUAAAUGGCUUGCUCCAGUCAGAAAUUGGAUCCAUGAGUGGAUGAGAGAAAUAACACUCUACUAUAGCGAGUCACAUCCUCUUCCUAGAAACCAGCAGUCUGGACCUAAGGCCACUUUGAGAAGCCCUCGGUUCUUCGGGAACCACACAAGGUGGGCAGUGAGGAAGGAUGAGAAAGUCCAAUUGAAGAGAUCUGGUUUCUAGGGAAUAUUAUGCUACAUCACCAGGAGAGGGCGUCCUUAACUAGGAGCUUGCCACACAACUCCCAGUUUUGGGGAUGACCCAGAAAAUGGAAGCUGGGAACUCAAAGCAAGUGAAAACGCCUCUGGAUUCAGAGGCAGUUUUGGUGAUCUGUUGGGAAGUUAUUUUUCUGAUUUUAAAGAUGGAAAGAGCCAUGGCUUCAUUCUAGUUAAAAGCAAAACAACAAACUUUGAUUCCCAGUUCAUUUAAAUAUUUUCCAAGGACCAGCCAAGUUUGUGUAAAAGGGGAACAUGGAAGGCUCACCACUGGUAGUCUGAUGACUGGAAUGAGUUCUUUGCCCAAGGCAACCCAUGAAAUAGUUUGUGUGUGUGGUGUAGUGUAUAUAUUUACAAAUCCAAUUGCAACUAGCACUUAUAUACUGCAUAUAUUAUUUCCUUACAACAACCCUGGGAGGAAGGUGCUGUUAUUAUCUCCAUUUUAUAAAUGAGGAAUCUGAGGCUGAAAGCACUUUAUAUAAAUCUGAAUGUCACCCUAAGUCCCUAAUUCUAUCCAUCUAUUGAAACAAAGGUAAUUCAAAUGUGAUUAUGUAUGUGUAAACAGAGAAAAAGAGUGAUGAAAUGAGAAGAUGGGUGACUUUGGGUGAAGGAAGAAACCAACUGAUAUUUAUGAAGUCCCUACUAUAUACUUGGGGACAUGAAGACAAAUGACAUCCAGUCCUACUCUCAAGAAGUUUACAAUCUAUCUGUAGAAACAAUAGCUCCACAUAGAAGAUAUACAUAGAAUUAAAGAAUAAUUGGGGUAGCAAGGGAAUGACUGAGAAGUAGAGCAGGAAGACCCUCAUGGCAAGUCUGGCAGUUAGACUGAACUCUAAAGAAGGCUGGGAAUUUUCAAGUGGCAGAAAUGUAAAAGAACUGUUCUGGGGCAGGGAAAAGGGGAAACUCUUUUGAAGGAUCCAAAAUGGAAGAUGGAAUAUUGUGUGUGGUACAGCAAAAAGGCCAUUUUGAAGUAUAGGAAGAAGAGAAAUAUGCAAUAACUUUGGGAAGGGCUUUCAAUGCCAGAAAAAGAGGGUUUUUACUUUUGAUCCUGAUGGACUGAACAGAAAUACGUGUUUUAAAAAAAUGACUUUGGCAGUUGUAUGGAAUAUGGCUUAGAAGGGAAGAGAAUGAAAUUAGGGAGACUAAUUAGACUGUCAGUGAGUCCCAAUGCAUGAUAAGAACAUAGGAUCAGAUCUGAUCUCUGACACACCAGUUGGUCCACCUGUUCAAGUCACUUAGUUUCUCAGUACCUCCAAGUUAGGUGCUGGUGAAUCAAAGAUAAGAUGGGACAAGCCUUUCAUAGCCUAUCUCCCUUCUGCCUUUCCAGUCUCCUUA